CAGGGCCUCACAGAAAUCAAGAAAAAUGAGAAUCAAAGGCUAUGUGUUUACUUUGUUCUUCGUUUUGGGGGUCAUUCAAGAUUCGGUUGAUGGACGCCCUCUAUUACUGUCCUUAUCCAGACCCCACCCUGAUAGUGCUGCCGACUUCGCUCGAUGGUUGGUCUCUCAGAAUUCCUGGGGCGUCCUCAAAAAUGUGGUUUCAUAUAGUGAUGGGCUACCCAACAAAGGCAGUGGCAUCCCAUAUUUUUAUUUAACUACCCUUGAUCCAACUGCAAGUAAUGCAUUGAAAGACCAGAGAUCAUCCUUCACGAUCAGUGAGUACCCUAUUGGAACUUGUGGCAAGACGGACCCCGAGAACCCCACUUGUGCAAAAAUUACACUCACGGGAAAGUUGAAGUUACUUGAUGGAAACUCUGAUGAAGUUGAGUAUGCACGAACCGCUUUGUUCUCAAAGCAUCCUGAGAUGAAAGACUGGCCUAAGGGUCACAAUUUCCAGAUCUUCAAGUUGGAAAUCGAGGAUAUUUUUAUGAUUAAUUGGUUUGGUGGUCCUAAACCGCUUACUGUGAAAGAGUACCUACAUAUUGAAAUGAACAAAGUUGCAUUUGUUGUUUGAAUCCUAUUCUGAUCUGCAUUCCUCUCAGGUGUUUUCUUGCUGGACAUGAAGGAGCUUAGGUGAAUUAAUGAACCUUUUAAAAUAACAUGUUACAUUUGUGUAUGUCAAAGACAGUAUGGCUCAGCUUAUUGUUUUGUACAAAAAUGCCAAGGCAAUUAAAUUGUAAAUUGGUGCUUGUGUUGACAAUGCUUCACUUCAAUUCAUGAAUGUAUAUGUACAAACAUACUAAGAUCUGUUCUUUUAAUAUUUCCAGCAAAACAUAGUCUUCUUUUACGAGGAAUGGUUCUAUGGGCUCAAUGCUAGGAUUAUUCCUCAGACAUGCACCACCUUACUAGAACUCCAUUAAAGCCUUGUUUGGGUUGAUCUUUGCCAGACUGCCUAACACUAGCCAAACCACAUUAACAUGUGGCAUGUGCAGUACAUUUGUGUUUUUUUUUUCCGA